GUGUGGCUGCAGCAGUAUGGCUACCUGCCCCCAGGUGACCUGCGGACACACGCUGCCCGUUCCCCCCACUCCAUCACCACGGCCAUCACAGCCAUGCAGAGGUUCUACGGCUUGACCAUCACCGGCUCCAUCGACACCAACACUGUAGAGUGAGUGCCUCUCACGCUAAACAACUGUUGCUGGUUCAGGACCAUAUUACCCUGCUUGUAGGACCAGGAGCUUAUAACUAGGCCAUUAAAAACGAAUAGCCUUACUUGUGUGAAAUCACUGAUUCAGGGUUAUCGUAAUCAAAGGCGGGUUUCCAAGACAGAGAUUCUAUUCGACUCUGUGUGACCAGUCCCUGAAUUGUGUUUGCCAGGGCAAUGAAGCGGCCACGAUGUGGCGUUCCAGACAAGUUCGGCACUGAGCUGAAGAGCAACCUGAGAAAGAAGCGCUACGCUAUCCAGGGCCUGAAAUGGGAUAAGACUGAUCUCACCUUCUGGUAAGUUAUGCCUCCAACUCCAAUUGCAUGUGUAGGGUAACAAUGAAAAGAACAGCCACAACCCAUAUGGUGAAGUUAUGUAAAGUGUUUAUUAUUAUGCCGUAAAGUUUAUCACUGUUUUCCCUCUUUACUCCCCGUCUUCUCCUUACUCCCUCAAUUUCUAUAUUUUUCUGUCACAAACUGUGCUCUUCUCUCUCUAACGGUGCUCCCUCUUUCCCUCUUAGUAUACAGAACUACACCCCUAAGGUGGGGGAGUAUGAGACCCAUGAGGCUAUCAGGAAGGCCUUCAAGGUAUGGGAGAGUGUGACCCCUCUACGCUUCCGGGAGAUCCCCUACAGUCACAUACGGGACAAGGUGGAGGACUUUGCCGACAUCAUGCUCUUCUUUGGUGAGGGUUUCCAUGGCGACUCCAGUCCCUUCGACGGCGAGGGGGGCUUCUUGGCACAUGCCUACUUCCCCGGUAACGGCAUAGGGGGAGACACUCACUUUGACUCUGCAGAGCCUUGGACGGUCGGCAACAGUGAUCUGUCAGGUGAGUGACCUUGAGUGUUUGGAAGAGGGAGAGGGAUGUUAUGAUGGGAAAUUCACUGGGUUGGGAGUUACCAUGCUCCUCAGGCAGUUGUGAGCAGCAGGCCACAAAAACACACCAUCAGCAGGCCCCAAUGUGUGUGUUUUGGAACUUAUCCCCAGGGCGUGUUUGUGUGGGGAAAAUGCAUGAUAUACAGUUUUCUUUCGUUUUGAUGGUGAGAUAGAGGCCUGCUAUUUAAAACCACAGGGAUAGCUUGUCAAUACAUUAGAUGUUCCCAGUCAGUUCAAUUUGAAUAGUGCUUUUUUUUUUUUAUAGAUGCACACAUACCAUUGUUAUAACAAGCUUGAAUUUCAUGGGACAAUUUAAUGUGAUGGUGAUGACAUGGUUCUGUUGGUCUUAGGUAAUGACGUGUUCCUGGUGUCGGUACAUGAGUUGGGUCAUGCCCUGGGUCUGGAGCACUCCAACGACCCCUCGGCCAUCAUGGCUCCAUUCUACCAGUGGAUGGACACAGAGAACUUCCAGCUGCCUGAAGAUGACCUCAGGGGGAUACAGCAAAUCUAUGGUGAGCACAGGCUAAGAGGAAAUUCAUUAUAAUUACUGUUAGUUGUUAUACUGUAUCUAGGCUAUAACUAGGGCCCAAAUUUCAUUUUAGUCAGAUCACAAAAAAAGAUGAAGGGCCAAGGUAAUGAUAGUAGUAGAGGAUUACAUUACUCUCUUCCUCUACCGUGCAGGUGGUAGAUCAGGUGGUGGCCCCCGCCCUCCUCCACCUACCCCACGCUCCCCUCACCACCCGCCCAAACCCACUCACACCCCAUACAACCCUCGCUUUGGCCCUGACAUCUGUGAGGGACACUUUGACACCAUCGCCAUCCUCCGAGGAGAAAUGUUUGUCUUCAAGGUAAUUAAUUACAGAUAUGUAUAGCUGAAAUUAGCUUUGUCGUUGUGUAUAUAUAUGUAUAUAUAUAUAUAUAUAUAUAUUUAUAAACUGGGUGGUUUGAGCCCUGAAUGCUUAUUGGCUGACAGCCGUGGUAUAUCAGACCGUAUACCACGGGUAUGACAAAACAUUUAUUUUUACUGCUCUAAUUAUGUUGGUAAGCUGUUUAUAAUUGCAAUAAGGCACCUCGGGGGGUUGUGGUAUAUGGCCAAUAUACCACGGCUAAGGGCUGUGUCCAGGCACUCCGCAUUGCGUCGUGCAUAAGAACAACCCUUAGCCGUGGUAUAUUGGCCAUAUACAGGUAUUAACCAUGUCUCUCUCUCCUUCAGGAGAAGUGGUUCUGGAGAGUCCGUAACAACGGGCCGUAUUGCCUAAAUAUAUAUAUACAUAUAUUUAGUUUGUACAGGUAUUAACCAUGUCUCUCUCUCCUUCAGGAUAAGUGGUUCUGGAGAGUCCGUAACAACGCGGUUCUGGACGGAUACCCAAUGCCAAUAGGCCAUUUCUGGAGAGGCCUGCCAUCAAACAUCAAUGCUGCUUAUGAAAGGGAUGAUGGCAACUUUGUAUUUUUCAAGGGUAAAUCUGUCUUUACUCUUUACUCUGUUACCACCCACUCACAAUACUAUUCUAUAGACCUUUAUAUGUAGAAGACAUCAUUGUAAUUCUUACUGAGGAAAGCCACUCAUUCAGAUUCUCUCUCUCUCUCUGUGUAGGAGACAGGCACUGGGUUUUCAAGGAAUCUCUUCUGGAGGAUGGCUACCCCAAGUCUCUAAAGGAGAUGGGCAGUGGUCUACCCAAAGACAAAAUAGAUGCCGCCCUCUUCUACACCCCCACCGGCAAGACAUACUUCUUCAGAGGAAAC